GAUUAUCAUGAAGGAUAUACCGUUGAACAUUGCACACAACACACUGCAUUUUGCUCUGAUCGUAUGAACAGUUUGCGGUUAUGAUAUUCUUGUAAAUUCAGAAAAUUUUUGUAUAUAAUCUGUAAAAAUGACUGAUGAAAAAUCCGUAGUGCAAGAAUUUAAAUUAGAUGCGGAUUGCGAAUUAAGAUUCGAAGUAGAGAGCAAGAAUGAGAAAGUUACAUUAGAGUUAAAAAGUGGUUUGGCAGAAGUUUUUGGGACGGAAUUGGUGAAAGGCAAAAAGUACGAGUUCACUGCUGGUGCAAAAGUCGCAAUUUAUACAUGGCAAGGCUGCACCGUUGAGUUAGUCGGCAAGACAGAUGUCAGCUAUGUGGCAAAGGAGACGCCUAUGGGUCUCUACUUGAAUUGUCACGCAGCGAUGGAACGGAUGAGAGAAACCGCUGAGAAGGACGACACAAGGGGUCCGAUAACAAUGGUUGUGGGUCCUUGCGACGUUGGAAAAUCAACACUUUGUAGAAUACUGUUGAAUUAUGCUGUUAGAAUGGGCAGAAGACCGAUUUUUGUCGACCUAGACGUCGGUCAGGGACACAUAGCGAUUCCAGGUACAGUUGGUGCUCUGCUAGUGGAACGACCAUCAAAUGUAGUAGAGGGAUUUAGUCAGCAAGCCCCACUGGUCUUCCACUUUGGACACAAAAUGCCACAGGCCAAUGUAGCAUUGUAUAAUUUACUUGUGACACGCUUGGCGGAGGUAUGCUCAGAUAGAUUGCAGGCCAACAAGAAAGCCAAAGCAUCAGGCAUCGUCAUAAAUACGUGUGGUUGGGUCAAAGGAGACGGCUACAAGCUUCUUACGCAUGCUGCACAGGCAUUUGAAGUAGAUGCAAUUUUAGUGUUGGAUCAAGAGCGGCUUUACAACGAACUGGUAAGAGACAUGCCAGAUUUUGUGAAGGUUGUGUUCCUGCCAAAGAGCGGAGGCGUUGUCGAAAGAAGUCAGGCGCAAAGAACUGAAGCUAGGGAUCAAGGCGUAAGAGAGUAUUUUUAUGGUUCCCGAACACCGUUGUAUCCACACAGUUUUGAGGUGAAGUGGAGUGAAGCGAGAUUAUACAAAAUCGGGGCGCCUGUUCUACCGGCAUCGUGUAUGCCAUUGGGUAUGAAGGCGGAGGAUAAUUUGACAAAAUUGGUGGCUGUCACCCCGGGACCCAGUCUGCUGCAUCACUUACUGUCUGUUUCUUUUGCCGACUCUCCUGAAGAUGACGUUGUGCAGACCAAUGUAGCUGGAUUUGUUUGCGUAACCAAUGUGGAUGUUGAGAGGCAAACAUUCACAGUACUCAGCCCGCAACCUAGGCCACUGCCAAAUACAGUACUAUUAUUAUCAGAUAUACAAUUUAUGGAUAGUCAUUAAAAAUAUAAAUCACCAUAAAUGUAUGUAAAUAGAGUAAAAUUUUUUGAUAUAAAAUGACAUGUAACA